AAGAAAACCAUAUUUACUCUUUCUCAUCUGUUCUCUCUCUCUCCACCGCCAAUCUCAUUAAAGUAUUUCCCUUUCUCUCUCUCUCUUUCUCUCCGCCGAUGAUAAACGACGGCGACUCUCACCGCAACUAAAAGGGGCCACAAAACAGUUCCAAAAAUGGCGGAGGAAGACGUCUCUCGCAAUUUCCGAGCCCUGGUGGAGAACGCCGACCGCAAGUUCGCGAGAGUCCGCGAUCUCCCUGCCUUGGGGCGAGCGCAGAGCCACUACUUCCACAAGGUCUUCAAGGCCUACAUGAAGCUCUGGAAUUACCAGCAGUCCCACCGCCCCAAGCUCGUCGCUUCCGGCCUGAACCGGUGGGAGAUCGGCGAGAUCGCGAGCCGGAUUGGGCAGCUCUACUUCAGCCAGUACAUGAGGACCAGCGAGGCUCGCUUCCUCCUCGAGUCCUACGUCUUCUACGAGGCGAUUCUCAAGCGGAGGUACUUCGAGGAGGAGAGGAAGGAUCUCAGCGCGAGGUCCAAGGAGCUGAGGUUCUACGCGAGGUUCUUGCUCGUGGCGUUGAUUGUUGAUCGGAGGGAGAUGGUUUUGCACUUGGCUGAGAAGCUUAGGGCUUUGGUUGACGACAGCAAGUCUAAUUUUAGGGAGACCAACUUCAAGGAGUGGAGGAUAGUUGUUCAAGAGAUCACUCGGUUUACGAAAGCUGACGUGGACUUAACUUACGUCAGGCCGCUUCGUUACUGCGCUAUGCUUGAUUCGUAUCCAGCUUCUCAGACGUACCUUGCGAGGUUCCACGCUACGAAGCUCUUCAAGUUUCGUGAUGCUCUACUAGCUAGCUACCACCGUAACGAGGUGAAAUACGCUGAAGUGACGUUGGAUACGUAUAGAAUGAUGCAGUGUUUAGAGUGGGAGCCUAGUGGUUCUUUUUACAAGAAGCGGCCUGUUGAGACGAAAGAGAAUGGUUUUGUGGUUGAUCAUACGUUAACUUCUGGGAUUAUAGAUAUGAAAUUGGCUGCUGAUAUGGCUGAUCCGUCGUUACCUCCUAAUCCUAGGAAAGCUGUUCUUUAUCGUCCCACAGUAUCCCACUUACUUGCGGUCUUGGCGAUGAUUUGUGAUGAGCUCUCUCCAGAGUGUGUGAUGCUGAUAUAUCUAUCUGCUUCUGGUGGUCCUGCUGCUCGUGAGAAUGUUGCGCAGCCAGAGAACGCUGUCGGUUCAAGCAGAACAUCAAAAAGCAAGCUGCUUGGCCGAGCUUCCCAAGAGCAGAAGAGUUACAAGUCAGAACCUCAUAGCAAUGGACACAAAUCUUCUGGGGGUUAUUAUGAUGAUUGUCUUUGGUUAGGUCCUAGAGGAGGCUCUGGUUCAAACAACCUUUACCCUGGUGAUCUAAUCCCUUUUACAAGGAAACCGCUUUUCUUGGUCAUUGAUAGCGACACUAGCCGAGCAUUCAAGGUUUUGAAUGGUGCAGAGAGAGGGGAGCCUGUUGCUCUACUUCUUUCUCCUCUGAAGCCAUCUUUGGAGAACCCAUCAUCUGCUGAUGAUACAGCAGCAGCACUAAACGGAAGUCAGUUUACUUUUUUCUUGACAGCUCCUUUACAGGCAUUCUGUCAAAUGCUGGGCCUCUCGAACUCGGAUCCCGAACCUGAGGUUUAUGAUGAAGCAGAGAGCAUACUAUCUGCUUCUUUCUCUGAGUGGGAAACGAUCCUCUUGACUUCCAAAGUCUUGAAUCUUGUCUGGGCUCAGGUCUUGCCUGAUCAGUUCUUAAGACGGCUGAUUCUCAGAUUCAUAUUCUGCCGGUCUGUACUCACUUGCUUGAGCCGCACAGAGGAUGAUGACCCGUAUUUACCACAAUGCCACCCUAGUCUCCCAGACUCGCUCUCACCGGUGUCUAAAACGGUGCAGUCCACAGUAGAACGGCUAGCUGAUCACUUGGGUGUUGCCAAAUCUUUCCACUUCAGCAAGACGUAAAACUAGAGAAACCUAUGAGCUUUUCUCUCCAUCUCUGUGGUUGGAGGUUGGUAGGGGGAAUAGGUUGUAUGUUCCUUUUUUUUUUUUAAUAGAAAAAGUCUGUAUUUUUUUAGGGGUAUAAAGAAAGUGUAAUUUGGAGAUUGAAAUUUUUAUUUUUAGUUUUGAUGAUUCUUUAGUGUUGCGUCCCUUUUGUAAAAGAUUAGAACCCAGGUAAUAAUUUACUAGUCUCUUUUCUUUCUCUCUCUUCUCAGGAUGAUUUGUCUUUGUGUAUCUGAGGAUAUUAUGCACUACAACUCUGCAUUGCAUAAAUAAAAGUGUGUCAUUGUUCUUUGUUAUGACUUAUGAUGAUGUUAAUCAACAUUUGAGCUAGCUAGAAGAAAUUAAGAUUGAAACUUAAAACCAAAUAGCAAGGGAGAAGAUUAAAUCAUAGCCGUUAAAUAUUAAAAGGGGUUUCCGUAAGAUUGAAUCUUAGCCAUUGAGUCCAAUUUCUUAAACGAGCACCACUUGAUUUCGCUCGUCUUCUAAGAGGAGGAAACAUGGCGGAUUCCAGGUGAGUUGGGUUUCGUGUACUACUCAAUCGCAAUUGAUCUGUGCUGGAUAAUUGGGUGGGAUGCGGAUUGAUUCAUAUCUGGAUAAGACUUACAGCUCCUAUCAUCCCAGCAAAGAUCAUUUGAUUUGAAAUCCACAAUUCACGAUGCUGUUAACACUAAAGCCCUUUGUGCCUACUAUCACACUAAAGCCUCGUUAUUCAUGUAGCGUUCCUCAUCAUCGUGUUAAUUUCUGCAAAUCCCCCUUAAAGCUCAGAACGUAUGCGCAAAAUGGCGGUGGCAACAAGGAGUCUUCUGGUGGCGGAAACAGACCGGUUAGUAACGAUGAUGAUCCCAAGAAAGAUGGUUUCAGUUUCCGGUUGGGGGAUCUAUUGAAGCCGGAUCAAGAUAACUUUGCGGCCGUUGGAUUAGCUGGAGUACUCACAUGGGCUAGCCUUCAAGUCUUGUCGCAGCUAUUCUUCAUAUCUUUUGCUAUCCUUGUCGCUGCUCUCAAGUAUUCUUUCAUCGCUGCGCUUCUCAUUUUCAUUCUCGUCACCCUCCUUUAGCUCUCUUGUAAUGGCAGAGUCUAUACUAGCUCUUGCUACCAUUGCUCUUUUUCUAGUGAUUGAGUUGAACAAUUAGUAAUAAAAACUAAAAAAAGACAUGGAAUGUACAUGAGCUUGGUUCUGUUCUUACAGACAACGCUUAAAUUA